AUCCAGGAGAAAAUGAAAUCCUACUUGAAGAAUAGGACAUGUUCUUUAUUUGAGGGCAUUGAAGAUGCAGGAAAAACGACACCUCUUAACAACAUCUACACAGAGCUCUACAUCACACAAGGUGGAAGUGGAGAGGUCAAUUCUGAACAUGAGGUGAGACAGAUUGAGACAGCAUGCAGGUUUCCAGUAGAACAAGAGACAUCAAUCCAACUCAAUGACAUCUUCAAACCCUUACCUGGACAAGACAAGCCUAUCAGAACAGUGCUGACAAGGGGAGUUGCUGGCAUUGGAAAAACAGUGUCUGUGCUGAAGUUCAUGUUGGACUGGGCUGAAGGAAAAGCAAACCAAGACAUCCAGAUCAUCUUCCCACUUCCUUUUCGGGAUCUGAACUUGAUGAGAGAGAAAAAUCUAAGUCUGAUAGAACUACUUCAUCACUCCUUUAUAGAAACAAAAGAAUCAGAAAUCUCAGAAAACGAAAAUAUUGUGUUUGUUUUUGAUGGUCUGGAUGAAUGUCGCCUUCCUCUGGACUUCCAGAAUAAUAAGAUCUGCUGUGAUGUCACAGAGUCAACUUCAGUGGAUGUUCUUCUGACAAACCUCAUCAAAGGGAAUCUGCUUCCCUCUGCUCACAUUUGGAUAACCACCCGACCUGCAGCAGCCAAUCAGAUCCCUCCUGAGUGUGUUGACCAGGUGACAGAGGUACGAGGGUUCAAUGACCUACAGAAGGAGGAAUACUUCAGGAAGGUAAUCGCUGAGGAGGACCUGGCCAGCAGAAUCAUCUCACACAUAAAGACAUCAAGGAGCCUCCACAUCAUGUGCCACAUUCCAGUCUUCUGUUGGAUUUCAGCCACUGUCCUAGAGAGACUAUUGGUUGAAGCAGAGAGUCGAGAGAUCCCCAAGAAUCUAACUCAAAUGUACGCUCACCUCAUGAUCUUCCAGUCAAAACUGAGGAGUCAGAACUAUCCUGUAGAGCAUGCCAACGAUUCUCACUGGGAUAAAGAGAUGAUUCUGGCACUGGGAAAAUUGGCUUUUCAACAGCUAGAAAAAGGCCAUCUGAUAUUCUAUGAGGAAGACCUGAGAGAGUGUGGCAUUGACAUCAAGGACGCGUCUGUGUACUCGGGAGUGUGCACUCAGAUCUUCAGAGAAGAGUCUGGGCUUAACCAGAUAAAGGUGUACUGCUUUGUACAUCUGAGUAUCCAGGAGUUUCUGGCUGCACUAUAUGUGUUCCUCAUGUUCACUAACGACAACAACAAUCUGAUGGCUAAAGAGAGAUCCCUCCGCAACAAAAACAGUCUAUAUGAAGAUGCAGUGGACAAGGCCUUGCAGGUUGAAAAUGGCCAUCUGGACCUUUUCCUCCGCUUCCUUCUAGGCCUUUCACAUGAGUCCAAUCAGCAUCUCCUACAAGGCCUACUGACACCAACAGGAAGCAGAUCACAGAGCAACAAGGAAACAGUCAAGUACAUCAAGGAGAAGAUCAUAAAGAAACUCCCUCUGGAGAGAUGCAUCAAUCUGUUCCACUGUCUGAAUGAACUGAAUGACCAUUCUCUAGUGGAGGAGAUCCAAAGCUACCUGAGAUCAGGAAGUCUCUCAAAAUCUAAACUCUCAUCUCAACAAUGGUCAGCUCUGGUCUUCAUGUUGCUGACCUCCGAGAAGCUGGAUGUGUUUGACCUGAAGAAAUACAUCAGAUCAGAUGCAUCUCUUCUCAAACUUCUCCCAGUUGUCAGAUCCUCUAGAACGGCCCUGCUGAACGAAUGUAAACUCACCAAGAAAAGCUGUGAGGCAUUAGCUUCUGUUCUCAAAUCAAACUCUUGCUGUCUGAGACUGCUGGACAUGAGUGGCAAUAAACUUCAGGAUUCAGGAGUGAAGCUGCUCUCUGCUGGACUGGAGGAUCCACACUGUAAACUGGAGACAUUGAAGCUGGCAGGCUGCAGCAUCACAGAGAAAGGCUGUGCUUCUCUUGCUUCAGCUCUGAGGUCAAACCCCUCCCACCUGAAGGAGCUGGACCUGAGUGGAAAUACUCCAGGAGACUCUGGAGUAAAGCUGCUCUCUUCUGUACAAGAGGAUCCCCUCUAUAAACUGGAGACACUGAGGUUAAAUGAUUGACAGCUCACAGAGUCAGUGAAGGAAUGGCCUCAGCUCCAAGUCCUUGGUUGUGGUAGUGCCCUGCAGUUAAAUGUUUUUCAAACAGUUACUAAAUUAAUUUCAAAGUGCAAGAAUGUAAAUAUUCAAUGCUUCGAAUCAAUGAUAAUAGCUCCUUGAAUCUCUCAAUCAAUCAGAGAGCCCUGGCGAAGUGGUGCUAGGAAAAUAACCUCAACAAACACGUCACCGGGGGCACACUGCCUGCCCUCCAGGACAUCUACAGCACCCGGUGUCACAGGAAGGCCAAGAA